AUGCGCGAAACCCUAAAAUUGAAAUCUCUCUCCUCCAGCAGCAACUUCUCUCUCCUACAACAGCUUCUCUCUCCUCCAACAGCUUCUCUCUCUUCGAGCUUCAACAAUGGAGGACGAUUUAAUCGAUUUGAAUAUCGAUUUAAAUCGCGCGCAAUAGAAGAAAAAUUGUAUAAUUAUGACGAAAACUUAGAGAAUCAUAGAGAAGUAUAUGAUGUUGAAGAUGAAGAUGAAGGCACAUCUCAGCAAGUUAUGGUUGCAAAUCAAUGUAUUGAAGAAGGUUCAAUAAUACAUUCAAUUGAUACAAACCACAACAUUUUUGAAAAUCCAAAUAAUGAGCAGGAAGAAAACAUUGAUAAAGAAUUAGAUGGCAGUUUAAUUGGAGAAGCAAGGAAAACAACCGAUGAGAUUUAUGAUCUAUAUUGCAAACAUGCUGCUAUUAUUGAUCCCGAGUUCUUUUUCAGAGUAAGACUCAAUGCUGAAGGAAAAGUUGAGUGCCUAUUUUGGAGGGAUUCUAUGAUGAGAGAAGAUUACAAAAUAUAUGGAGAUGUUCUAGUUUUUGAUACUACAUUCAGAACCAAUAAGUACAAUCUCAUAUGUGCUCCAUUUGUUGGUAUCAAUAACCAUUGGAAAAACACAAUGUUUGCUUGUGCUUUCAUUGGGGAUGAAACCACAGAAUCUUUCGUUUGGGUGUUUGAAACUUUUCUGAAGGCUAUGGGAGGAAAGCACCCUAUAUCAAUUUUCACUGAUCAAGAUGCAGAUAUUGCUGCUGGAAUAGAACAGGUUUUUCCUUCUUCAAGACACAGGUUAUGCUUGUGGCACUUGAGUAAAAAUGCAAACAGUAGGUUUGGUUUAUUGAAGUCUGAUAAAAACUUCAAAAACGCAUUCUACAAGUGUUUAAGUGGGUGUAUAACACCAAAUGAUUUUGAAGAAACUUGGAAAUCUAUGAUCAACACUUUUAAGCUGGAAAAAGAUGACUGGUUCAACAGAUUGUAUGGUCUUAAAGAAAAAUGGUGUACAGCUUUAAGUAAAGAUUUUUUUUCUGCCGAUAUACUUUCUUCACAAAGAAGUGAAAGUACAAACCAUGCUGUUGGUUUUAAAGCAAAUAAAAGUACAACAUUAACAGAGUUCUAUAGUAUUUUUCAAGCUACAAUAAAUCGAUGGAGAAAAACCGAAGAAAAAGACGACUUUGACUGUACAAGGGGAAUACCAACUUCAGAGCUAAGUAUGAGUGCUAUAUUAAAACAGGCAGCAAAUGUAUACACGAUAACACUUUUUCGUGAUUUUGAAGAAGAGUUCAAGCUUUCUGUGGCAAGUAGUACAAUGUUCAAGGGAAGUGUAGGAAGAACAAUGUUUUUUGAAGUGUGGAUAGAAGGAAUAACAGGAUCAAGGCAAGAAGUUCAAUACAAAAUGGAAGAUUCAACCGUCACUUGCACAUGCAAAAACUUUGAAGAAUCUGGAUGGUUGUGCUUCCAUUGUUUAAGAAUAUUGCAUUUACAUUCAAUCAAUACAAUUCCAGAUCGUUACAUAACAACAAGAUGGACUAGAUAUGCAAAGAAACAGAUAUGGGAAAGGGUUGAUACAAUAAAAAGGGAGAAAGGUGAAAUCAACAAUUUUACUGGUUGGAGAUUACAUAUGAUCAGAAGAUACUAUAACUUAAUUUUGAAAGGGCAUAAGAUAGCAAAGGCCAGAAAAUUUAUCGAGGAGAAGUUUAAAAUGGAUAAUAAAGCAGUUGAUGAAAUCAUAAAAAAGGAAGAAGAAAGGAAGGCAAAAGAAGAAGCUGCAAAGAUAGCAGAACAAGAAAAGGCAAAAGCUGAAGCACAACGAGAAACACAAGACGGGGAAUCAACUAAUUCUGAAAUAACAAUUGUGCUUGAUCCUGAUCGUGCUAAUACUAAAGGAAAGAGUAAGAAGAGAAUAAAGGGUCAAUAUGACAAUUACAAGCAGCCAUCAAAGAAAGGAAAAAAGAAACACAAAGAAUUUUGA